CCCAGACAAAACCGGAUCCUUUACCCUACGCCACACGUCGGCGGCCGAGCCCACGGCGGCGACCCCCGUUCUUUCAACCCCUCUUUUAUUUUCCCAUUUCACCGCAACCACUGCUGCACCACAAAAAAAUAAAACUUCGAAGUAAGAACUUUCUUCGAAGUGCUUUCUCUGCAAUCAUUUUCACUCAUAUCUCAUACCCGUCUGCCAUAUUCGAGUUCCAUUCUCCAUUGCGUCAAAAUUGCCUUCUCUAAUUUGUUCGUCUCAAGAGUACUAGUGAAAUGAGUAGCCUCAAGAGUAUGCAAUAUGGAAAAUCUUUCAUUGGUCAUAAUGAUGCAAUUUAUGGUUUAUACUAAUGAUUUUACUAGUUUGAAAUGCAUGGAAAUCAUUUCCUGUUGAAAUUUUGUAGGUUUAGGAAGAUUUUUUUGUUGAUUACCCAAUCGGUUAACACGCAGGGUUGAGGAAGAUAUUUUGGGAGAGUGAGCUGAUCUUUGUUCAGUUUAUCUGCAAUGGAUCAUACCAUUUUUAAAUCUCACUUUAAACUCCAUGUAGGUUUGGUUAUUUAGCAAUAUGAAACAAUGUUGCCUCAGAAAUCAUUUGUUCGGAGAUUGAAUCCUCUGUCCAGUACCUUUAUGUUUUCCAUCCUUCCUGUUUUUAGUAGACAACUUAUAGAGUCUUUUACCACUUUGGAACUGAACUCAUUGAGCGCAUCACAAGUUUGGCCAGCAUAUUCGUCGACUUUCCCUUUAGAUUCAGCAGACUAUGUUAAGCUGGUUCAGUCUGCUACCAAAACUGGGAAUUUAAUCUAUGGCAAGCUUGUUCAUGGCCACAUGGUUAAAAAUUCUUUCAGGCCUUGUCUGUUUUUGGAGAACAAUCUUCUUAACAUGUACUGCAAAUGUGGGGAUAUACAUUCUGCUGACAAACUGUUUGAUAAAAUGCCAAAACCUAACAUUAUAACUUACAACUCUUUGAUUUCUGGAUAUAUCCAGAUGGGCAUCCUUGAGAAGGCCAUGAUUUUGUUUGAUCAAGCAAGAAGACAUGGUUUGAAACUUGACAAGUUCACUUGUGCAGGCGCUCUUACUGCAUGUAGUAAAAAUGGGGAUCUUUCUGUGGGUAAGAUGGUUCAUGGGUUAAUAUUAGUUAGUGGAUUAGGCUCCCAAGUUGUUUUGAUCAAUUCUCUUAUUGACAUGUAUUCAAAAUGCGGCCAGGUUGAUCAUGCAAGGAUUUUGUUUGACUAUUCUGAUAACUUAGAUGGCGUUUCUUGGAAUUCGUUAAUUGCUGGUUAUGCACAAAAUGGGAAGUAUGAGGAGCUGUUGAUAAUUCUGGAGAAAAUGCAUCAAUCUGGAUUGGCUUUGAACACCUAUACUCUAGGAAGUGCCCUGAAAGCUUGUAGCUCAAACUUCAAUGGUUCAAAACAGUUUGGGACAAUGCUACAUAGUCUUGCGAUCAAACUUGGUUUACAUCUGGACGUUGUUGUUGGGACUGCAUUGCUUGAUAUGUAUGCAAAAACUGGAAGUUUGGAUGAUGCCAUUCAAAUCUUUGACCAAGUGCUGGAUAAAAAUGUUGUGAUGUAUAAUGCAAUGAUGGCUGGUUUGCUCCAACAAGAAACAAUUGAAGAUAAAUGUGCGUACAAAGCCCUUGGUCUUUUCUUUGAGAUGAAAAGCUGUGGAGUAAAACCGUCCAUGUUUACAUAUUCAAGCUUACUUAAAGCUUGUAUUACUGUUGAGGUUUUUGAAUUUGCAAAGCAAAUUCAUGCUUUAAUAUUCAAGAAUGGCCUUCAGUCGGACGAGUACAUUGGAAGUGUCCUUAUUGAUUUUUACUCUUUGUUAGGCUCAAUGAAGGAUGCUUUAUCAUGUUUUAACUCAAUCCAUAAUUUAACUAUAGUCCCAAUGACAGCCAUGAUUGUUGGUUAUCUUCAAAAUGGAGAAUUUGAAAUUGCGUUGGCUUUGUUCUAUGAACUUUUGGCAUCCGAAGAGAAACCUGAUGAGUUCAUUUUGUCCACGAUCUUGGGUGCUUGUGCAAAUAUGGGCAUGUUAAGAUCUGGAGAACAAAUCCAGGGGUAUGCAACGAAAACAGGCAUCUUGAAAUUCAAAAUCUUCCAGAAUUCACAGAUUUUCAUGUAUGCUAAGUCUGGAGAUCUAUAUUCAGCCAACCUAACCUUUCAACAGAUGGAAAAUCCUGACGUUGUGUCCUGGUCGACAAUGAUCUGCAGCGCCGCGCAGCAUGGGCAUGCCAUGAAGGCUUUCAGAUUCUUUGAGCUGAUGAAGAGUUCUGGAAUUGAGCCUAACGACUUUGCCUUCCUUGGAGUUCUAAUUGCAUGUAGUCACAGAGGACUUGUUGAAGAAGGACUGAGGUAUUUUGAUACCAUGAAGAAAGAUUACAAUAUGACAAGUCAUGUCAAACACUGUGCUUGUGUUGUUGAUCUUCUUGGUCGAGCUGGAAGGCUGGUUGAUGCAGAAAGUAUAAUUUUAUGUUCGGGUUUUGAGCACGAACCAGUGAUGUGGCGAGCUUUACUAAGUGCAUGCCUUAUUCACAAGGACACAUUCACUGCACAACGUGUUGCAGAGAAAGUAAUCGAGCUUGAACCUCUAACAUCUGCAUCUUAUGUACUUCUUCACAACAUUUAUAUGGAUGCUGGAAACAAGUCAGAGGCCUUGAAAGUCAGGAAAUUGAUGGAAGCUCGGAGAAUUAAGAAGGAACCUGGUCUAAGCUGGAUAGAAGUAGGAGAUAAUGUCUAUUCAUUUGUUUCUGGCGAUCGAUCUCACAAAAACAGUGAAUUGAUAUAUGCACAGUUGGAUGAUAUGUUGGCAAAGACAAAGAGUCUAGGUUUGGUGAAUGACAUAUUUGAUUACAAAAUGGAGCACGAGUACAUGGCACUGCAAGAUAUUGUAUAUGCAGCAUCGUGAAGAAAAAACAUUAAAGGUCACUGAAGAUCUGACCAUUUGCAAGUUAGGCAUCACUCAUACCUCAUGAAGGACUAGGGUCGUGAAAGGAUCCCGAAGGCCGAGUUAUUUAGAACAGCACUUGUGACAGCACCUCUCUUGUCAAGUUUGCUGCCUCUCACACCUUCGACUGCAGCGCUGCCUAGCGUGGCAGCAAUCUAGGCUUAUUCAGACAUAAUCUUGGUUUCGCAGGCUCAUCGAUCGAAGGUGCUCCUCAAUUCUUUCUUUUCUCCUCUUCGGACUGGUUGCUGGCUGAAGCUGCAUGAGAAAAAUGAUUCAGAUUGGCAAAUGUCACAAUUCAGGAGCAGAUGAAUCGAGUUCAUCGGAGUCGAGCCUCGAUCACUAUCGUCGUUUGAUGCUCUGAUGGAGUUCUGAUCUAUUGGAAAUGAAUCAAGAUGUAAUUUUUUUUACACGUGAAAUAAAUCAUUUUUCUUUUGGGUUGUAUG